AUGCCACUUGUAAAGGAUGCCAUGCCCCUCAUGAAGGAGCUUCAGCCCCCGCCUCAGGUGCCACUUCCCUGGAUUCUUCCCAGCCUGUUUGCUGCCUUCAACGUAGUGCUGCUGGUCAUUUUCAGUGGUCUCUUCUUUGCAUUCCCUUGCAGGUGGCUGGCUCAGAACGGGGAGUGGGCCUUUCCCAUCGUCACAGGCCCCCUCUUCGUCCUUACCUUCUUCAGUCUUGUUUCACUCAACUUCUCAGACCCUGGCAUCUUACAUCGAGGCUCCAUCGAGCAGGGCCCCAUGAUGGUGCAUGUGGUGUGGGUGAACCACAGGGCCUUCCGCCUGCAGUGGUGCCAAAAGUGCGGCUUCCACCGCCCACCCCGGACCUACCACUGCCCCUGGUGCAACAUCUGUGUGGAGGACUUUGACCACCACUGCAAGUGGGUCAAUAACUGCAUUGGUCACCGCAACUUCCGCUUCUUCAUGCUGCUGGUCCUGUCAUUAUGCCUCUACUUGAUCGCUCUGCUGGUCACCUGCGUGAUCUUCCUGGUGCGCACAACCCACCUGCCCUUCUCCACCGACAAAGUCAUUGCCGUGGUGGUGGCUGUACCCGCCGCUGGCUUCCUGGUGCCGCUCUUUCUGCUGCUGCUGAUCCAGUCCUUAUCAGUGGGCGCGGCCGAGCGCUCCUACGAAGGCAAGUGCAAAUACCUUCAGGGAUACAACCCUUUCGACCUAGGCUGUGUCAGCAACUGGUAUUUAACAAUUUGUGCACCGCUGGGACCCAAGUACAUGGCUGAAGCUGUCCAGCUGCAGAGAGUGGUGAGGUCCGAGUGGGUGCCUGCACCAAGCCUGUACUCCCCAAUGUGCCACUUUGCUCUCGAGCCUCCAGUCCACCCUGGCCCCCACCCCCAACCUCUGGUUCUCCACAAGCCAGGGAAAGGUCCCCCAGAGAGUGGCAAAGCUGCAGCCCUCCAGGAGCUGCCCCUGCUGCCGGAGGCCCCCAGGCGAGGCGAGGCCUUCUCACCCCUUCGCUCUCAGCGAUGCCAGGAGUACCUGCACCUGAACCCGACCUCCUGAGGCCUUCUGUGCCCUGAAGUUGCCCACUCCCCUGGUGGGAGUGCCGAGACCCUCAUGCCCAUUAAAUGCCUUUG